AAAGAACUCAAGCGGUUCCAUCAUUGACAUCUUUUGGGCAGUCCUUUCCAAGGCAUCAUCAAGAAGGACCACAGGAGCAGAAACAUGGUGGAAGCAACAUUAACGGGUUUUUCAGGCUUCCUGGACUGGAGGCCACUUAGAUUCCUGAAGCCUCUACCUCGAGCGUGGACGUGCGACGUCUGUGGGUUAAUGUCACAGACAACUGUGGUUCCGGAAUGCCUUCAUGUCUUCUGCUCUGACUGCUACCAACGUCUCCUUAGUAAAAAGAGCCCCAAGUGUCCCAUGGACAUGUUAGAUGUCAAUACAGAUGACACCAAGAAGUUUGCCCUUGGAGACAACCAGAGAAAGCUGUUGCUGGUCCAAUGUCUGAAUGCAGAGCAUGGCUGUAAGUUUGAAGGUCUUUUCGGAGAUUUGGAAGCCCACUACACCAAGGACUGCAACUUCCAUGUAGUGACUUGCAAGAGGUGUGGAAGCACUUCUUUUCGCACUGAGCUCUUGGAGCACCUGGAAAAAGACUGUAGAGCUCAAUUCGAAGAUGUGACACUACACCUGAUCCAGAAGCCUGUUCCAGGGCAAAUUUCUGAUUCUAAUGAUGACCGUGACUGCAAGUCCAUAGAGAUUAUAGCGGAUCUUGUGAAAAGUACAGUUGAAGACAACUCAAAUGUACUGAUUGAGUCGAUGAAGCAGUGUACUGCAGAACUGGCAAAGAAUCUCAUGGAGGCAACUCAGUAUUGCAUGAAAUCUGCAGAUGAUUCCAAGAAUGUUACAUCUAGUCUUGCUGAGCCAAUGCAGCAAUACAUUCUGGAUGUGAUGGAACUUAAAAAAUUGUUAGCCACCACCACUAAGGCACUUGUAGAUAUUUCUAAGCUAGGAGAGACUGCCCUUUGUAGAAGUUGUGGGAAGAUUCCAAAAUGUUGGCUGGCAUUGGGUUUUCUUCCUGGGGGCUUGUGUCCACAGAAGUAUGUCUUUACCUGCACCAACAUUGCUGCCAAGGUUGCGGGAGCACCUGCAGUGAAAAAAUCUUCUCAUGUAUACCCUGUUCGGUGUCCUAGAGGAAAUGCUUCAAUUAAAGGUAGAGGAGUUAAGAUUUGUCUGUUAGUCUACAAAGAUCCAUCUGAAAGGAAUGUUAUCAGCUUUAACCUAACAUUUCUCGGAGAAUCCCAAAACUGCGGACCAGACAUGGACAUGAUGCUUGUUCUGGUUCACCCAACAGAUGCUAGUUUGAACAAAUGCCGACCGCUGAAAAUUGACGAGAUUUUUAAAAGCCAGUCUCAAGUCGACGGGUUUGCAUUUUUUGCUGACGUCCUCUGCAGGGAUGGUUUUGUAGCAGAUGACAUGCUCCUUGUUUGCCUUGAAACGGCUGAAUGAAAUUUACUUCUUCAGCUGGUUUUAAAUGUAUGACCACACAGAAAGGUGGGACCAGUUGAAUUGCACUCCUCUGUUUUUGUAUUAAGUUCAUCCUUAUCUUGCUACAGUACUUUCAUUUUCUUGUUUUGUGUUUCUUGAUAUACUGUAUUCAUUUGUCUAAUUCCAAAUGGCUUGUCACCAAGAAGCCAGGGAGAAACUGAUGUACUUCUCUUGUUGACAGGCCUCGUUUUUCUCUUUUUGGACAACAACUUGUUUCUCUCGCAUAUAGUAUUGGUUUGCUCAUGGCUAGAAUGUAAACAUUCGUUGACAGGUUCUCACUUCACACUUGAAAUAUGCUGCUGGUUUUAUCACCGGCUUGAUACUAAAAUAUUUAUUGCGGACACCUACGAAAACUAACUCUGGGGGUCCAUUAUCAUAUUGUGUUAUCGGGAGAAGUACUGUAAUGUUUUCUUUAUUUAUAACAUUGCUUUUGCCUUGUGUUGCAGUUUUUUUUUAGGAAAUGUGUAAUAUUUAUUGUUCAGAUUUGUGUGAGUGACCCCAAGCCGGGUUGCAAUAAAUGCUACAACCACCCCGUCCAGCUCAGCACUUUGAGUGUGUCACAUGCUUUCUUACUCCGUUCAUCACUGAACCCAAGGGCCAACGUGAAUGUCAUGUGACUUGCUCUCAACGCCUGAUCGGCUGAAAUGGCUUUAUGUGUCAAUCGUGGUUCGUCUCCGAGUGCGGCAAAAUACAGCACGUUUAUGAUUUUAUUUUAAAAUUCAUUUCUGUAUAUCCUUUGCACUAGUGCCAAUUGGUGCUCCUUUUUGUUUAAACGAAUUCCAUGUUUGUGGUACCGAAUACACCGUUUCUUGCAACUUGUUUCUGUCUAUGGCGCUUUGUUCAUCUCGUUGUUCUAAAUGCUACAUUCCUUGUUUGUAAUAACUGCAUUUUCCAAUAAAUAAAUUCCCAGAUGAGAGGCA